AUGGAGAGUCCGCAGAAACAUAAUAUCAACGAGCUUCUUACCCAAGGCUUCUUCACGACGAGGAGGGGAAAGAGCCCUUCAAGACCAACAGCCCCAACAGCUCCACCACGCGAAUCCUCCUUCCUCAGAACCCCGUCUUACGAAGCCCCCCACGAUCGAAGUAGGAGUCGAACUCGUAGACGUCUACCCCCUCCACCGAUAGUAGAAGAGGAGGCCGUUUCUCUUGCAAAAGAGUAUUCCAAAACUGCGAGACGCUCUUCCUACGAUCCUCCUCUGCGUGGAAUUAUCGACCAAGUCCCAAUCAUACUCGAGGCGGAUGUUACAAAGACCGAGGCUGCAAGGCUACAAGCACAACCAAUUCCAAAAAGCACAGACGACAAUCCAGAAAAACGUUUUGUCUUGAUUCCAAAAUCAGAUACCUAUUCUCCGAAUGAAGAAGAUGGUCCUAAUAAUAGUAAAGGCAAGAAUGCAGACAAGAGUCAGACGCUGAAAGCGGAGGUAAAACGAGAUGAGAAGAAAGACACUUUGCCAAAACCACCCAUUACACGAAGACGGAGUAGACUGGAUCUGCCGUCCCUAGAAACAAAACUACCAAAAGAGAUACCACCGCAAUAUCGAAGAAGUGCUUCCGCGUAUGCUUCCACCCCAAAAGACCACGACGAAACACCAAAAACUCAAGGCUCAAGGCCUUCCGAAUCUUUCCUCUCACCAGAUGUCUCACGGGGAAAGAAAGACUAUUUUGGAUCGGCGCCAGCACCUCGACAAUCGGCUCAAGAUACUUUUGGUGGAAGGGCUGCCAAUGGAAAUAACUCCAGCUCCCGUCCAGUAUCUCCUACCGUAGAGAAACGGCAUAGUGGAAAUUUAGAAUCAUAUCGAUCCAGGCAUGACACCAAUGAAAAGGUGACAAAGCCACAGCAGUUUUCCGAAGAAUAUGGAUCUCGGCGAAAUGAACGGCAUACUUCUACACAUUCAGACAGGCUUUCAGCAGGUCGUUCAUCAAGAAGUUCAAAUCGAUCAAGCAGGCAUUAUCACAGCAGCAGUAGUGAUGAGAUUGCAGACAGUGAUUCAGACAAGGAACACAAACGUUACGAACAUAAAAGUCACAAGGCAAUUCGGGAAGAGGGUGGCUACGAUCGACAUUCACAUUCUCCAUCAAGAUCCAAUAGAUCUUCAAUCGAGAGGAAGGGAACUUCUAAAUAUAAUUCGCCCUAUGCUUCCCCAAAGCUUUCACCUAGUCAGAUUCCUAAAGAUCAGUUAUUCGAGAGGAGUGAAACCUUCCCGAGCGAUAGACGGAGGGAUACUUCGAGACCUGUGUCACCACUUUCACCUAGUCCAGAUACACCCCGAACAGAUAGACUGAAUCCUCUUGAGGCUUCAAAAUCCCGCCCGAGGUCGAGAUCAAGUGCAGCAGCGCCUAGGCGACAAGCUGCGCCUUUGGGAUUACACCCAUCUUUGCCCAUUCCAAUUCCAAUUCCAUCAAGGGUCGACCUUCCUGGAGAAAUUCGAAAGUCACCAGUGACUACACAGUUCGACGAGCAAAGAUCUGCGACUGCUCGUCCACCUGCAAACCCGAAACCUGACUGGAAUCCGGGAACCUUUCAACCACCAUCUAAUAACCUUCAAAAACCAGUUGGCUCUUUCAGACGGUAUUCAGAAGACAUGGAGAAAGGAAGUAUUGCACCUCUCCCAUCAUGUCCCCGAACAAACUACACUCGAGGCCGCAACGACUGGCUGACAUUGCCAAAUUGCCCAUCAUUCGACAUCUGCCCAUCAUGCUUCACUUCCUCCAUCGCACCCACCGAUUUCCGGACUCACUUCGUCCCCGCCCCUCGCCGACCAGCAGACGCCGCGGUUCUCUGUGAUUUUGGAAGCUCUCCUUGGUAUAGGAUCGCAUGGCUCUUGACACUAAAAGAGAAAAGGCAAAAUCUCAAGCUCUUCUAUGGCCUCGCCAACAUCGCCGCAAAUGAGCCGCCCUGUCUGGGAAAACACGAAGCAGCGCGGAAAUGGCAUUCCAUCAUCGACCCCAAGACCGGAAGCGAUAUUUAUAACUUUGACGUCUGUUACAGCUGCGUCAAAAGCAUAGAGGUCCUACUCCCAGCAUUAAAAGGGAUAUUUGUCCGCACAGACUCACAGAGCCCAUCCUUCCGAGUCUGCGAUUUACGAUUCGACAGCCCACGCUUCAUCCAAUAUUUCGACGCCCUCGAGGUAACCGCCGAUCGUGCUGACUACCAUGAUAAAGACCCAGACACGCGUGACCUUGCCUCCCUCGCUCGCCGCUUCGCCAAACUCGACGAAUGCCCACAAGCUACCGACCUCGUUGACAAAAAAUGGCACUUUAUCACUCAACUCCCUGAAUUCACCGUCUGUCCUGAAUGCUAUCACGAAAUCGUCCAGCCGGAGGUAGAAGACCGCAAACCAAUUCCCCUUCUCUUUUGCAAAGAUCCAAAACGCGUCAAUGGCAAAGCGAGCUGCCAGCUUUAUAGCGCUCGGAUGAGAGGUCUGUUUAGGACGGCGGUUGAUGCGGAUGACUAUAAGCUGUUGGCUAGUAAGGCACGUGAGAGGAGGACAGUGGAGACGGCAUGGAAGGCGAAUCUGUCAGAGUUGAGAAGGAAGGAGAGGGCAGGGUUGGAUGUCAGGGGGGAGAUUAGGAGGGUUGAUGAUGAAUGGGAGAGGUGGGAAUAA